AUGUGCAUCGUCACCUACUUCAAGCAUCUCCAGUGCAACCACAUUUGGGCCGUCGUCACCGAGCCCUGCCUGCCUUACAUGGGCUUCAGCAACUGCCCGAGCUUUGCGGGCCCAAGCGUGGUGGUGAAUCCCGUCACGGGCAACCACGUCGGCAACAUCCGAGGCGGGCGUCUCAAGGCCAAGCCAAAAUUCUACAAGACCAGGACGAGGCUCUGUCCCCAGUGCGAUUUGAAGGGCGCCUACGAUCCGAACGUGGCGCGGCUGGUGCGUGACAUGGGCUGGGGCUUUACAUGGGGCAAGGACGCGGCGGACCCCGAAGCAUCUUGGGGGAUUGAUUUGCGGCUGGGGAGCACAAAGAGUGGUUGUGCCAUUCUUUAA